AGGUCAUACUUUUUGAGACACGGGAGCAGGAAGGCAUUGCUUCAAACAUGAGCUUCCAUGAGGAAAAAGACAAUGAAGACACUAUGUCUGAAAUGAGAUCUCCUUCUCCCAGAUCAAGCUGUGCAUCUUUGUCUGAUAAUUCAAUACACAUUCUGCCCCCUGACAUCAGUGAUGAAACAGAGACCUCCAGUGACUCCAGAAACAACAGGAAGAAAAGAUCAAAAUCUCCAGAACCCAGCGGUGUCUCUGUGAAUAGUACAAGAUCCAUGAAUUUUCACAUUUCAUUCAGUGAUGGAACAGUAAACUCUUCUCCACACAUUGUGGAGAUAGAUGAUACAAUUGCAUCCCAUGAUCAGACCCACAUCAAGCAGAAAAGAACUGAAGCAGUCAAAGACCAGCACAAAACCAGAUAUGAUGAGAAAGACAAAAUCAAGACUGUCCUUACUAAAGGCAUCGCUGGAAUUGAGCUGAACUUGAUUCAAGAUCGUCAGUACAGUCUUCACAGACUUCUGCUGGACUUCCAUCCUGAGCUUCAAGUUCAGGACUUUAAGGUUUAUGAGGAGUCAAUCGCCUACAUGCUUCAGAUAUCAGAGGAGGUGCUAGAUGAGCUGGAUCUCAAGAAAUACAACACAUCAGAUGAGGGCAGAAGAAGACUGAUACCAGCUGUGAUCAACUACAGAAAAGCUCUUCUUGCUGGCUGUAAUCUCACUGGUCAAUCCUAUGAAAUUGUGUCAUCAGCUUUACAAUCCUCAAACCCUGUCCUGAGAGAGCUGGACCUGAGUAACAAUGACCUGCAGGAUUCAGGAGUGAAGCUACUCUCUAAUGGACUGAAGAGUCCAAAAUGUUUAUAA